AUUCUAGGAAUACUUCUUGGCCUUGUUUGCCUUACUCAGGCGCAUAUUCCUGGACUGCGUCGAGUUCAAAACAUGGCUCGCAGCACAAACUCAGAUGUAGACGAGGCAGCUACUCCCCAAUUGGUAAUUUAUACUCCUGGUGAGCAGGUCAAGACAAAUAAUGAGAAUGAGGCGAGUAUCCAUGAGCCACAGAUAGUUGAAUCGGAGCCCGAUAAGGAUGGCAGAAAGGUGCCCGAUUAUUUGUACUCGAAUACGAUUCCCAUGUUGAAUGAACAAAACAUCAAAUAUCAGUUACCUCAGUUAACUGCCCUGCCUGUGGCCUAUGGCCCACAGAUCAUUUCCAGCUCAAACAGAAUUUCCAACAAUAACAAUGUUGGGUCAAAUAACUUGCCAUAUGUGGUAGUGCCACGCGUCCAACUCGGCUUUAAUGUUCAGGGUCAAACGGGCAUUAACUGGCCGGGCUUCAAUCUGUUGCCCGAGAAUUCAAUUUCACAGAAGGAGGAUUCGCAAACUACUUACAUACCGAUACCAGUGCCAGGUCCACCCGGACCACCCGGACCACCAGGACCACCAGGACCCCCCGGACCACGGGGAUAUACCGGAGCAACUGGACCACGUGGUAGAGAUGGUCCACGCGGCCCAUCCGGUAUUACAACAACGGGCAUUACAAACACAGCGCAGAGUCCCCAGACAAUUUGGUAUGCCCAAAGCAACGGCAACAGCAACAGCAACAGCAACAAUAAGCCACAAUAUGAACAUUUUUCGAAUGGUUAUCACAACUGAGAACAUUAAAAAUUAACAGAAAUUUAAUCACA